AAGAGGCUGAGGGAUUGGAGGAGAGAGGAGCAGAUGCAGUGUGGGACCACUAACCUGAUGGAAUGACACACCACCUUGACUCUCACACUGACUCCACCCCCACAGCCCCUCGGUGGAUAAAUAACCAAGCGGCACCAGAAGAUUUUUCUACACUUUGAGACAGAAAUCCCAAGAUCUCAUCGGCAAAUCACAACCGCCGGGAACAACUUUUUUUUCUGUGUUAUUGAAUUCAAAGUAAGUACUAUUUCAGAUGAACAUGCCCAGAUCCGCCUUCAUGGCUUGGACUUGCUACCUGCUUCUCGGGGCCGUGUUUGAGUGGACUCUGGCAGCCGAGGCGGGUAAGAGGCAGUACCAGAUCCAGAACGGAGCGUGCAGCUACACCUUCCUGCUGCCCCAGGAGGACAGCUGCCAACAAUCCUCCAGUAGCUACAAGAACCUGGCCCAGAAGGACGACCCGGCAGACUAUGACGAGUCUUUCGAAAGGCUGGAGCAGCUGGAGAACAUCAUGGAGAACAACACACAGUGGCUCCUCAAGCUAGAGAACUACAUUCAAGACAGCAUGAAGCAGGAGAUGUUCCACAUGCAGCAGAGUGCUGUCCAGAACCACACGGCCACCAUGAUUGAGAUUGGAACCAACCUGCUCAGUCAGACCGCUGAACAAACACGGAAGCUGACCAACGUGGAGGCACAGGUAAUAAAUCAUAGCACUCGGCUCGAACGAAAGUUGCUUGAGAACUCAAUUUCAACCAACAAGCUGGAGAAAGAACUCAUCGUCCAAACCAAUGAGAUCAGCAAGCUGAAUGACAAAAACAGCUUCCUGGAGAAGCGGGUGGGUGACAUGGAGCAGCAGAGGCAGCUGGAGCUGAAGACGGUUCAGCGGGAGAAGGAGCAGCUCCAGACGGUCAUCGCGGGCCAGACGGCCAUCAUCGGCGAGCUGCAGCACCAGCUGCUCCACGUCUCCUCCAACAACACCGCCCUGCAGCGCCAGCAACAGGAGCUGCUGGACACCGUCAACAGCCUGGCGCAGAGCUUCUCCACGGGCGCCGUCGGAGAGAGCAAAGCCAGAAUGAUGCAGGACACACCGUCCACAUUCAGGGACUGCGCCGCCGUGUUCAAGUCCGGCAACAGAGAGAGCGGCGUUCAUGCACUCACACUCCCCAACACAACGCAGGAGGUGAAGGCUUUCUGUGACAUGGAGACCGAGGGCGGGGGCUGGACCACCGUACAGAAGAGGUUUGACGGACGCGUUGACUUCCAUCGGACGUGGAAAGAGUACAAAAUGGGAUUCGGAGACCCUGUGGCUGAGUACUGGUUAGGAAAUGAGUUUAUCUCCAAGUUGACACAUCAGCGGUCAUACGUAUUAAGAAUCCAGCUCAGUGAUUGGGAAGGGAACUCUGGAUACUCACAAUAUGAGCAGUUUAACCUCGAAGGGGAAGCCAAGAAUUACAGGAUAAACAUCAAAGGGUACAGUGGAACGGCGGGAAAAAUAAGCAGUCUCGGAACGCCAGGAAGUGACUUCAGCACAAAGGAUACGGACAACGACAAAUGCGUUUGCAAAUGCUCGCAGCUCACGACGGGAGGGUGGUGGUUCGACGCAUGCGGGCCGUCCAACUUGAAUGGGAUGUACUAUCAACAAGGCCAGAACUCAAACCGCUUCAACGGGAUCAAAUGGUACUACUGGAAGGGCUCGGGCUACUCACUGAAGACCACCACCAUGAUGAUCCGACCAACCGACUUUUGAGUCCCCAUGUCUUUUAAACCACGAGAGGUGAAGGACAGCCAACCACAAACUAUUCUUAAAAAUCGUAACAGUAACCCAAGGUUUUGGGGAUAAUAUUUCUCUGAUCUCCACAUAAAGAAAACAGUUCCCUGGUGAAAUAGGAUAGACAAUUUAAUCCCGCCAGAGGUUUUAAGAGUCAAAGAUUUGUAAAUGUCCUUUUUGUAAAUUGUUUAACGCUUUGACCAUAUCCUCGUUAUGUCUAUGGUACAAUAUGUAUUGUACUUGGGCUAUAACCAUGGCUGAGGUUGAGAUUGUUAAAAGUCACUGUAGAUGAGGGUAUAUCGGUAAAAUAGUACACAAAUGUGUUUUUUACUUUGAUAACAAAUUUACUUUUUCAAAGAGAUUUUGUGUAUAUUUUAUUUAAUUUAUGUCAAGAUGUAAAAGGCUAAUAUUUAACUUUAUCAUGAACUUUACCAUGACGGUGAAUUGUGUUUCAUGAAUGUUUUUUUAAAGGAAGAGAACUUUACAUAGUUUUGCCACAUUUUAGUAAUGACACUGGUUUGGAUUCUUUUGUCAAUUUCAUGGGAGGCGAAAAAUAUGUAUGCACUGACACUGAGCGUCGAAGCCUAAGGAGGCUGGAUGGCCCUCGUUCAAAAGCCUCAACAGGGUGUUUAUACUGAAGGGGAAAGCACUGCUGCCUCUUGCAUUGUGCACUUUCAUGCUUUAAAAAUAAACAACAGCCUGCUGAAAUAAAACCUUUUGGGCCUAUUAACCUAGCCUGGUACAUCAUCAUAUACUUCUGCAGCCGAUGGCGACAAUUAUCUUUACCUAGUAGAAAUCGAAUCCAGUCGAAUUGUGUGGCGAUGUGCUUCGGGAAAACCAGAGAAUGUUUCUGAGGGGGGUUUGUGAAAACUGGAUGAAAAAAAAAAACUCAAGGGAAUCAGUGUGGAAUUAGGUAUUAUUGCUGCAAUUGACCGAAUGACUGCGAUAAGAUUGUGGCAGACAAACUUUGCAAUAAACUAGGAACCACUGUG